GAAAUCAAGUAAAAAGUUGAUUUUACGCCUAAAUAACUGCUGUAAUGUUUAGCGUCUCAUAGUCAAGGAGAAAGUUCAAACAUGGUAUGCUAUGUGUGAUUAGGGAAUUUAAUGUUCUGGCAUGCUUGCCAGCCCUUUUCCCUCCUUUAUUGAUUAAUCAUAUUCUUUUUUUUCUUUGAAUGUGUCACUUUGAUUUAGAAACUAUAGUUUUAUAAAGAUACGCAUUAAGAUGGAAAAUGAGUUCGUAUAUGUUUUGCCAUGUUGAUGUUGCAUUUAUUUAAAAUUCUAGUUUUCUACCACCCUGCAUGAUUAGCAUAAUCUUUUUGAUGGUCAGUGCCAAGAGGCAAAGUUGUUACUUUCUUUUAAUUGUACAUUGCUUAUUGAUUGGUUACUUGAUCCUAUUACGUGUAUUCUUUUUUCUUCAUUCUACCAGGUAUAAUGCAAUGAUUUUUGAAGCUCUCACCAACAUAAAAGAUGCAGAUGGAGCUGAUAUAAGUGCAAUUGUAAGUUACAUUGAGCAAAGGCAUGAGGUAGAGGUACAGCCAAAUUUUAGAAGGUCUAUAAGUUCAAGGCUGAGAAGACUUGUUUCACAAGGUAAACUUGAAAAGGUACAAAAUUGCUACAAGCUCAAAAAAGAUACUGUGUUGGGAGUAAAAACACCCCCUAAACAAAAAGAUAGGGUUCGGCAGCCACAAGUUGCUGCAGUCACAAGCUCUGUUGAGACAGUUGAAGAAGCGGCAAAUGCAGCUGCCUACAGAGUUGCUGAGGCUGAAAACAAAUCGUUUUUGGCUGCUGAAGCAGUUAAAGAGGCAGAAAGAAUCUCAAAAAUGGCCGAAGAUACUGAGUCUAUGCUACAGCUAGUGAAAGAGAUCUUCGAACAAUGUUCACGUGGUGAAAUUGUUCUGCUCGCUUGAGCUGAACAACCGUAGAUUUUUCCUUUGCCAAAGGCAAUUAGGCCACUGCCCUUAAGGGGAAGGGGGGAAGCUGGCUACAUGGACGAUCGAACACGGCGGUGCCCUCACUAACGAGCCACCAGUUGCUCACAACGUUAGCAUCUGGAACAAUAGAUCUUUUGCCUUUUUUUUAAAAAAAAAAAAAGAAGAAAUUUUCAGUUUUGUCAUUAAAAUUUUGUUGUUAUUCUCACUGGAACUUAUUAGAUUCUCAACCCAGAUAAGAGUAGAAGAUGCCUGUUCUACUAUUAUUGUCUUCAUCGAAGCAGGUUGGAAAAUCAGCUUAGGUCAUUGAUUCCAUGAGGCAAAAGCCUCCAUAGCAAAAAAAAAAGGCCAAGUGGGUUUUAAUAUUAGCAUGUGGACGAUGAUCUGUAUCAUCAGGAAGCAAUCAGAUUACUAUUUUUUAUUUUUGGGUUUGGAUGCUAUGUACAUUUUGAGAUUAAUUCUGCUCCGAAUAAUCUUAAAAAUACACCUUUAUAAUUUUC